UUGUCAUUCCUUCUCAUCACAGACGUGUUGAGUGAGGGACAAAAUAUAGUUUCUCCAGGACUGUUGUCUGCUGCAUGUAACAUGAAACAGCAACAGACAACAGUGCAAACAUUCAGACAAUAGACUGCACACAACAAUAUACACAACACUGUACACAACACUGUAUAAUAUGUUCUUCUAUGGGUCUCAUAGCUGUUGGAGAACACACUGCUGUUUGAACUCGUUUCUCUGCGGGUGUGUGUGUGUGUGUGUGUGUGUGUGUGUGUGUGUAACAGAUAUACAGUAUAAGCAAUUUCUCACAUUUUCCGCAUCAUUCAAGUCACUACUAGCAGUGCUAUGAGGAAUUGGGGGCAGAGCCAAAUGGAUGGCUCCAGAUCUCCUAAGAAAGCAGAGUCAGGCAGAUGGGUCCGGAGAAUUAAAGGGAGAGGCCAGGUGGAUGCUCAAGAGAGAUCAGGGGUGGGGUCGUGUGAAUGGUCCUGAGAAAUCAGGAGGUGUGGCCAGGUGGAUGCUCUAGAGAGAUAUGGGCAGGGCCAGGUGGAUGACUUCAGAGAGCUAAGGAAGAAUGACCUGGAUGGAUGGGUGCAGAGAGAGCAGGGGUUGGGCCAGGUGGAUGCUCUUGGAAGAUCAGGGGUUGGGCCAGGUAUAUGCUCCAGAGAGAUCAGGGGUGGAGCCAGGUGUAUGCUCCAGACAGAUCAGAGGUGGGGACAGCUGGAUGCUACAGAGAGAUCAGGGGUGGUGCCAGGUGGAUAGGUCUAGGAGAGAGCUAAAGGGGUAAACGCCAGAUGCUAAGCGGGAUGACUCCAAAGAGUCAGAGAGGACCGGUUUAGUUAGACGUCUCUAGAAAACCAAGUGGGCAGGUCCAGGUGGGGCUUCAGAGAGAUCAGGGGUGGGGUAAGUGGAUGGGUACAUAUAUAAAGGAGGAAAGACAAGAUGUUCAGGUGGAUGACUCCAAAGAAUCAUAGGGGAUGGGUUUAGUUAGAUGGCUCUAGAAAAUCAAGUGGGUAGGGAGAGAUCAAUGGCAGGGCCAGGUGGAUGCUCCAGAGAAAUGUCAGGCAGGGCCAGGUGGAUGGCUCCAAUGAGUUAAGGAGGAGUGGCCAGGUGGAUGCACUAGAGAUGAUUCUGUAAUGAUACAUAAAAUAGAAUAAAUAAAUAAAAACCGUGGCACAAAAACAACCGAGGUUGGAAACAAAGUCAGUGAAAUCUCAUUAAACAUUGCUAGUGUGAUGAGUGAGAUAACAUCGCAGCAUGAAUAUUAGCAAGUUUCACAGUCAUAUAUAAUGAUGUAUAGAGGAACUGUGUAAACACUGUCAUGAUGCUAGUAUCUUGAAUCAUAGUAAUGAUUAUAAUAAUAUUUCUGAGCUGUGUCUUUUGAGAGAGGUUUAUUUUUUAUUAAUGCUCAAACUAAUGGCAUCCAUCCACAGAGACACACCCACAAGAUUAACACACCCACUCCUGGCUUUACAAACUCAACCCUAAAUUAACAGAUUGAAAUUGUUUUUCACACACUGAUCUAUUAAGAUUUCAGGAUUUAAUCUUUUAUUCCGCAUUAAUUCAACACGCAAAGACCUAAAAUGACAUUUCCAGACAAGAAUUAUUUAACGAGUUUGUGUGUGUGUGUGUGUGUGUGUGUGUGUGUGUGUGUGUGUGUGUGUGUGUGUGUGUGUGUGUGUGUGUGUGUGUGAGAGAGAGAGAGAGAAUGUGUGUGUGUGUGUGAGUGUGUGUGAGUGUGUCUAGCUGCAGGUCUAAGACGUAAUUGGCAGGUCGAGACAUUAAAGGGGUCACAGUUGGAAUUUGAGGGCAGUGGGCAGUCCCCUGGUCAUGGAUCCUAACAGUAUCUGCAGGAAGACGAAGCGUUUGGGCAGUAAGCAGGCCGAUCUGUGUCAGAACCAUCCGGAAAUCGUGACAGAAGUGGUGAAAGGAGCGAGGCUUGGAGUGAGAGAGUGUCAGUACCAAUUCCGCUUCCGCCGCUGGAACUGUACCAGCCACAACAAGUACUUCGGAAAAAUCCUACAACAGGAUAUCCGGGAGACGGCGUUCGUGUACGCCAUCACGGCAGCCGGAGUGACUCAUGCAGUAACUCAGGCCUGCAGCAUGGGGGAGCUUCUGCAGUGUGGCUGUGAGGCUCCACCCCCUCGUCGGGCCGAUACUCCACCCAUUGUCGAUGGGGCAUGGGAUGGGGGCGGGGCCUGGGAGUGGGGCGGUUGUGGAGAUGAUGUGGAGUUUGGCUACGAGAAAUCCAAACAGUUUAUGGAUGCCAAGCGCAGGAAGGACAAGAGCGACAUCCGCACCCUCAUCGACCUGCACAACAACGAGGCUGGACGCCUGGCAGUGAAGAACUACAUGAGGACUGAGUGCAAAUGCCACGGGCUGUCGGGUUCCUGCACACUGCGUACCUGCUGGAAGAAGUUGCCUCGGUUCCGGGAAGUGGGCAAUCGACUUCUAGAGCGCUUCAAUGGUGCAUCAAAGGUGAUGGGAGGCAAUGAUGGAAAAACAUUGAUCCCUGUUGGCCAGAACAUUAAAGCUCCAGAUAAACAGGAUCUGAUCUAUUCAGCUGAGUCGCCUGACUUCUGUCUUCCAAACAGGAAAACAGGUUCUCCAGGGACCAGGGGGAGAACCUGCAACAGCACGGCAUUGGAUGUGAGUGGGUGUGACCUGCUGUGCUGUGAGAGAGGGUAUAGAGACGAAGAAGUUGUUCUGGAAGAGAACUGCCUCUGUCGGUUCCACUGGUGUUGCGUUGUUCAGUGUAAAAAGUGUUCAGUCCGCAAGGAACUGAGCCUCUGUCACUAAGUUCUUACCUGGUGGACAACCUAGAAAUAUAUUGUCCUGUUGGUGUUCACAGUCCCAGAUUACCUGGCUUGUCUGCUUGGGGACUGGAUCACUGAAUCCAGAACAUUGACUGUCUUGCUAUAGAACUUCAAUUGUGCACUCUCCUGACUGAAUUCCAGAUUACUGCUUCAUCAGUUGGAGAAUCUACAUCAUGCGCUGUUCCAGAACAUGAUUUAUCAGCAGAGGAUUCAUUAAAUGUGAACCGUUCUGUUGAUGGGUCUAGAUAAACCAUUCACUUGCAGGGGAAUCUAGAUCACAGAGGACCUUCUUGGAUCAUAUGCUGUAUCCAGAUGGUUCCAUUUUACUAACUGAUCAAUUGGAGAAUCUAGAACAUAUAUAAGCUGGCUUGUGGCAGAGUAACAAUCAAACUCAGACACGUCUGCUUAAGUUCUAGACUUGCCUUUCAAACAUUCUUCAAUACGACAUGUUCUGAUGGAGCUUUUCCACGCUGACUCAGCUGGUGACUAUUUUUGAAUGCUGACUAAUUUUUAUGAACAUGGUUUUUCAUACAUGAUUUACUUUUACAAAUCCCAAUCUCCAAUGGGGACUGUUGAAGUUCCAAGUCAUUGGCUGUUCUAGUGAAAAAUCUGGACUGCUUUGUUAAAGAACUCUUAAGGUGCUGAAUCAAGAUCGCUGACGUGAUGUUCCACAACAUGGCUCACUUGCAGAAUGAUCUAAAAUGCACACUCUUCUGAAGAUGUUCUAGAGUAUUGACUUACCUAAUUGAGAUUGGAUAACAGUGACUCAGUAGGUGUAGAAUCUAGAACAUGAACUCACUUCUUGUUGUUACAGAAUGUGACUUCUGCAGAGGGAUGACCAAAGAUGGACUCUUUGCUUGAAAUUCUAGAUAACACAAAAACAUCUUCUGUUUAAGUUACAAAACACAGACUCAGCGGAUGGAGCUCUAGAACCCUGAGUCUUCUAAUGGAGCUUUACCAACCUGACUUAUCUAGAGGAAAAUCUAGGGGAGAAAAAUACUUGUAAAGUUCUCAAAGUCUAACUCACCAGAUGGAGAAUUUCCAGUGCUGACUGACAUUCCAAGUGGAAAUACUAGAAUCUGUACUGUUUAAAUUCUAGAUCACUGACUCCCUUGCAGAACCUAAUUUUUUUUCAAGAAGGUUCUGUAAUAUAACUGGGAGUAAAUAGACAUUUUAAUACUCCAAAGUUAAUACUACACUGUUCUCCUAAGAAAGAACUUCAAAACACCAAUGUUUAUUUGUUUGAUAGUUCAUUUGCCAAAACCCUUGCAGUCCAAGUACAGUUCUAGAGUCAUCAGUGAUGAUUGGUUCUGCCAGGGAUUUAAAAAAGCAUGCAUAUGUUCCUUUGUGCAUGUUUUAAUUGAGUAAAAACAAACAUUGAGAGAUUUGUGGAGAAAAUAUUUGUUGUGGCACUGUGAAGAAUGCGCAGCGUCAAGACAAAGAACAAAGACUUCUAUUUAUACACAAUAACAUGGCGACUACUAACAGAAUGAGAUGUUUCUGGAAUAUUUUGUCCAAAGCACUUUGAAUAUAAGAACUAUGCACAUUGUACUCGUGUUUAAUCAUUUUUUUCAUGUUUAAAACAGCAAUAUGUAAACACCCCUUUAUUUUUAUAGUUUUUUUUUAUUACUAUUAUAUUCUUCAGUUAUUUAAUACAGAGAGCUUUUAUUUGGCAGUGGCAUGAUGGCAGUUUUGUUUUCAAACCUUCUAUUCUUUUUUUUUUUUUUAUUGAUUUUAGAUCACAUCCGUGUCAAUUAAGCAAAUCUGACACUGCUCACACUACUAUGUAUGUUUUUACUACAAAUAGACGACAUUGAGGUGUAAAAGUUGUAUUUUGAUAUCCAACCCACGAUUGCCUAUUUGCAAGAAUUUCCAUGAGCUCCUGUUGAAAGUCAUAAAUGUUUGAAAAGUACAGUGUAAAGAAAUGAACAUGGCAUUUCUUGUAUUCAAUCCAACAAAGUCACUGCUACGUUUUCCUGAAGAGAAGGAAACUGAAUCUCGUGAAGCCAAAACAAUGUUGACGUUGAGUGCAAGAGAAUCUUCAUUUUCAUCUCAUCUUCAUCAACUUUACAUGACCAGGUUGAAGUGACACACAUCUGAUUUUCUGAUUGAACAUGACACUGGUCUGAUUUUUUAUUUUUUUUUUCCAGAACUGUGUGGAUGCAAAUGUCUGAUCUUUUCCAAUCAGACUUGAGCCACUUUUGUAAGUGGGCCUAGAUCGGGUACAUAUCUGACAUGUGGCCAUGCGACAUGAAUAACAACAGUCAGAUUGGGAUUCAUGUGUUUUUUUUUCCCUUGCAGAUGCACAUACUGUAUCACUGUCAGUGUCAGUGUCCAGUAUCAGCAGUGAUUAUAUCCAGCGUGAAAAUGUGGGAAUUGGUGAUUGGGUUGAUUAUUUGGAGAAAUUAAUCAAGCAAAACGGCCGGGAACUGAAACUGAAUGGUGCUCAACAAACCGAUGUGCACGUGUGGGGCAUUUCAGAGGGCAGAUGGGUUCACACUUAAGGUUAUGAACGUGGCUCAUCAAUGAACUGACAAUGAUCCAACAGGUCCAAUCUAAAACAAUGAAACUUGUGAUGAGCAUAAACUUGAAAAACAUAAUGAGUUAACCUGCAGUCACAAAAAAUCACAGAACCUACAUCAAGUGACAUUUAAAUUGUGACUUUUCACAUUUUACACAAUGGCUUUGGUUAAUUAAUCGGAUUUAGAUAUUUAUUUAAAGCUCUGAAAAAGCCUGGUUAACCUUGCCAAUAAGGAAUUUACCAAUUGUCACUUAAUUGCACUGUAAAUGUCAUACAAUUUUUAGCCAUCCAUAUAACCUAAUUAACGUGACAAAGUAUAUUAAAGAUAAUAAUGGACUUGCA